UUCAUUGCAAUAUAUUAUGUAUAUUAGUAAAGUUUUAAUCUUUGAAACUUAUUUAUGUCAACAACUGAACUGAAACUGAGGGCGCAUGCUCUGUAAACCGAGAAUCGAUAUACUUAAGUAAUAACCGUGUUAGGUGCCGUAGGUCACGCAAUCUUUGAAUUGUUUUUACUUUUGUUUCUGAUUAUAUUACUUAUAAUUUUUAAUAGUUGAAAUAGGACGAAGUUUCACAGUGCGUCCGUGUGCCGGCAAUACGGCCGUGGCGGACGGAGAGGGUUCUGUGGUGGCGGGGGGCGUCGGCCUCGCCGUGAGUAGUAAGGUGUACCCUAGUCCGGGGGCGGCGCGCGGCGUGUGGGCGCUGCCGCAGCCGCCCCCCUGCACGAUGGCAGCAGAGGAAGCUCUGCCGCCUUGCUCGCCCAUGUCGCCGGAUGCUCCAGCCGCGCCACCUCGUACAAUUACUAGCUACAACCAACACUCUGAUCUGCAUCAACUUAUUUUCGAAGCCGUCCGUUCUGGAGAGGUAUCAGAAAUUGAACGGCUUGUAGAAAAACUUGGCGUGGAAGUGCUAAGUGCUCGAGACCAGCAUGGCUACACUCCUGCACACUGGGCUGCACUGGAUGGCAGUGUGGCGGUUAUGCGCUAUCUCAUUGAACGAGGUGCUCCCAUCGACCUUUCUUGUUUAGGCACCCAGGGUCCCCGUCCAAUACACUGGGCUUGCCGAAAAGGUCACGCGUCAGUAGUACAAGUGCUGUUACAGUCUGGGGUUGCGGUUAACGCUGCCGACUUCAAAGGUUUGACCCCACUAAUGACGGCCUGUAUGUACGGCAAGACAGCUACGGCGGCGUAUCUGCUGGGCAUGGGAGCGGCGACCAGGCUGUCUGAUAUUAACGGAGACACUGCCCUGCACUGGGCUGCGUACAAGGGCCAUGCUGACUUAGUACGCUUGUUAAUUUAUUCAGGUGUGCCUUUACACUGCACUGACAAUUUUGGAUCGACACCACUUCAUCUAGCGUGUUUGUCGGGCAAUUUGACUUGCGUAAGAUUACUAUGUGAAAAGGUCAAAGCAGAACUGGAACCUCGUGACAAAAAUGGAAAGACGCCACUGAUGCUUGCACAGAGCCACCGGCAUAUAGAAGUUGUAAAGCUAUUGCAAAAAGAGAUGAAACGGAAGUCUCACUGGAUGCCUCCACUUUCUGAAUUGUGGGCGCUGUUAUUUGGAGGUGCUGGAGACUCGAAGGGCCCCUUACUGUUCUUUUUGAUAUCCGUCCUACUUUGGGGAUAUCCUAUGUAUGUGAUUAGAUGCAUACCAUUAACAUGGAAUACGCUACGACUUUCGCAUUACUGUUUCCUUUAUUGGAAUGCGAUCAUGUGGCUGAGCUGGGUGAUCGCAAACAGAAGAGACCCGGGUUACAUUCCACAAAACUCUGAGACAUAUUAUAGAGCCAUUCGUCAGAUUCCGUAUUACGACAAGUGGAAAAAAAGGAACGUGAUCUUAUCACGAUUAUGUCAUACUUGCCGGUGUCUGCGACCUUUGAGGGCCAAACACUGUCGGAUCUGUAAGCGUUGCGUGGCUUACUUUGACCACCACUGCCCUUUCAUCUACAAUUGUGUUGGCGUGCGCAACAGAAUGUGGUUCUUCCUGUUUGUGAUGAGCGUCGCGAUCAACUGCACCCUCUCCAUAUACUUCGCCUGCUACUGCCUCCUGCUCGAAGGCUUCGGCCUUCUGUACGUGCUGGGACUGCUGGAAGCUAUUACUUUCUGCGCUCUUGGGUGGAUUCUUACCUGCACCUCGAUUUUGCACGCAUGCAUGAAUUUAACUACGAAUGAAAUGUUCAACUAUAAAAGAUAUCCUUAUUUGAGGGAUAAGCGUGGGCGUUAUCAGAAUCCAUUCUCACGGGGCCCCAUUAUGAACUUGAUUGAAUUCUUCGUGUGCUUGCCCGACAAAUGUGAUGAACAAGAUAUUUUUCACGAAGAAAAUAUAUGAUGCGAGGUGCAAUGACGCAACGGCCUUUGUAGAACAAGGUCACACAAGCUUCUACAAAAAUAAACGAACACCCUAUUUCAAAUUGUUUUAUGCUUACUAAUAAUGGUUCACUAGUAUUUUAAAAUAUACACUUUUAAGCCUUAUGAUUGUCUAUUGUGAGUCACAAUGACUUGACAAAUCUAAUUCGAAAUAAAAUAGCCUUAUUCAUAAUUAUCAAAUAACCGGGUAACGGCAAAAGAACGGCCCAAUUUUGGUAUUAGAAAGUUCCUGCACCAGUUUCAAUACAGCCGCGCCAUUGCGCAAGUCUUUUACAAGCUGGGUAUAAUUAUUUAAACAGUCGGGCAAAUUUUAUUGCGACUAGAACACAUGUGCCUACACGCCUCAACACACGUUAUAAAAUAAAAAGAUUUACAAAUAAGUAUGUUCGUUAUGCAUUUCACUUUUAAUAAUAUUGUAUAUUUAUUAUUAAAUGGCUUGUAAUAUACAAUUUUCCUCAAGACCGGUGUUUUAUUGAUAAAGUGAAAAGAUUCUUUAUAUAUAAGUAGGUGGUAAUUUCGAGUUAUUUUGGUGUAAAUAAAAGGCAUAUUUUGUGCUACAUUAAUGUAAUUAUAAUCAAACAUUUGUUUAGAACAAAAACAAAUUAAGUAUUCGAGUAAGCUUCAUGUGUGAAAGUUAUGAAAUGUAGUCAACAUUAAAUGCUUGCAAAUGAAAUAAAAUUAUUAAUAAUAAUAUAGUUUCAAACACUCGUCAUAAUUAUUUUCUACAAUUGUUCACUUUCCGCUUACACAUACAGGAUAAAAUCUGUUUACCCUUCUAAUUAUCACAAUUCUCUUACACAUCAGUCAAAUACACGUUGUAACAGCACAUACGUAUAUAUGUAUACGCAUUAAUAAAUAACUUUCAUUCUCAUAUUUAAAUCGCGCAGGAGCGACAUAGAAGGCAGGCCAGCUGAUCCCUUCUACUUCUUUUAUAAAAUACGUUCUACACGAAAAAGUUUUAAAAUGAGUUCUAAUAAUUCGAGUCAUUUAAGUUUCGUGCAAUUCUACGUAAUUCACAGAAUAUUUUGUUCAGGUAGAUUUGUUAAUCUUUAUAAAUAUUACUACCAGAACUUCUGUAUCUGCUUUUACAACAUGAAACAAAUAUUUUAUAAAUCUUAUAUACCACAUAUUUCUUCCAUACAUAAAGUUUAGUAGCGUCUUCUAUUUGUUACAUUAUUUUACUGGGAUUUCAACUUAAUGCUUGUACUUCUUAAAAAUGCAAAAGACUAGUUAUAUAAAAAAAUAAAUUAACAUAAUAUGUGGUUUAUAAUACUGAUGUGUUGCCUUUAUCAAAUUAUUUGUAUCACAUAAAGUAGCUUGCUGACAUUUAUUUACUUGUAACUAUAGUGUAUAUGAAAUAUUUUUAAAUAGUUAACAUACUAUUUGAAACUGAAUGGGUGCUAAAAAGUGAUAAACACUUAGGUGACCUAUUAAUAAUUAUGGUGAAAAGGAAGACAUAGGGGUGUAAUUUAAGCUGCUGAAAUGACGAUAUCAAUUAAUUUGCAUGGAACAACAAGCCGAUCAAAACGAGGUCACAGCCUCGAGUUCUGUCCUAACAUAGAUGCGCCUAAGGAAGACGCCGUAAGGAAGUUAAUAGCUACUUAGUAUGCAAUGGCAAUGUGCUUCAUCUAUAAGAUCGCAAUUUAUUUAGGUGAUAAAAUGUAUGCGUCACAAGUACCUACUACUAACGUGUCUAUUUAUUUCAUAAACAGAUUCUAAAUCUAUAAAUAUUUAGUAAUCUAGUAAUAUUUAACACUUUAUUGUGGGUUUUCCACAUUGAAAUCAUUCUUUGCAAAUUAAUCAUCCUUAGGAUUAAUCCUAAUAGCAGCCUCAAUUUCUUCUUUGGGUUGGUUCUUGUCACCCCAGCCCCACAGAUGAUGCGAGCCAUCGCCAGUGCGCUUCACCCUGUUCUUGACGAUGUCAUCAGACACAGUUUUCAUGUCGUAGGCCCAGCCGAUUUUGGCAAAGAAAUUUAUGAAGGCUGUGGUGAAGUUGAGUUUGUUGUUACCGAGCUCAGCAGUUUUGUAGUCCCAGGGGAAGGUGUGGUGGUAGUUAUGGAAACCUUCACCGAGCGCGAACAUAGCUACCGACAUGUUCUCAGAGGGCUUGAUGCUUUUGUCGUAAGGUUUGUCUCCCCACUUGUGGGCAGCGGAGUUGACGAGCCACGUCACGUUCAGGAUGAAUGCGUAACGGAACAUGGCAGCCACGAAGAAAGCAUUGGUCCAGGUUUCACCCCACAGGUACACAGGAAUCAUUGUAGGCAUAACGAAGCAUGCUAGAGGCAUCAGGACCAGAUAGUAC